CAUGAAGAUGACGAGGGAGCAGUUUCAACAGAAACAGAUGACAUUAGUCAAGGGACAAGAGUAAAAACCAGCGUCCACAAAGGAGGAGGGGACAUUAGUGACUUAGGGGGAAAGCAUGAUGGUCCUAAACAAGUGAAGUCCCACUAUCCCCAGCACUGCUUUGGGUUAAAAAAUGAUCAUUUAAUCCACAAUGGUUUGAAAGCUUUCCCUGGUUAGAAUAUUCUGUAAACAGAGAUGCAGCUUUUUGUUUCUCAUGUAGGAUGUUUGGUAAACACAUGAAACAUGACACAUUUGUGAGCAGUGGCAUGAAUGCCUGCUUCAAAGCCAGCGCUGUUCAUGGCAGUGUAGUUGAACAGUUACAUUCAGCACAUGAGGCAGAAAUCAAGGAGAGAUGGGAGUGCAUCAGCCGUAGUGUGGCUGUGACACAAUUCUUAGCCAAACAAAACGUUCCAUUCAGUGGCCACGAUGAGAGAGCAUCUAGCCACAAUCAGGGAAAUUUUCUUGAGUGCGUGAAACUUUUAAAGCAGUUUGAUCCUUUUCUCCAGUCAUACUCACCCCCAUUACAUCAUACAUAUUUAUCACUUUCGUCCCAAAGUGAGAUAACUGAAUGCUGUGCAGAGGAGGUGACAGCAGCUAUAGGAGUGUUUGCUGGCAAUGGUGGAAUUGAGAGAGCUUAUGGUGGUGCAGCUGUGAUGAGUGGUGCAGUUGGAGGGGUCCAAGCCAAAUUCAGUGUCAAGCAUCCAGAGGCCAUUUAUGUGCACUGCUAUGCACAUCAGCUAGACUUACACAUUCAUGUAGAUUUCACCCUGGAAGGAGGGGAGGUUUUAGUGGACAAUAACUAUCUAGCCUCCAAAAAAGAAAGCCUUGCAAUCAAGGAUAUGCAGUGUGUUUUCAACUUGCUGGAUAACAUCAUGUUUCCAACGCUGACACAGGUCAUUCAGAUCUCCCUAACAAUCCCAGUCAACCGCUGUAGUUAUGAAAGGUCAUUCAGUGUGUUGAGAUGGCUCCACACUUGGCUGAGGUGCACAAUGGGGCAAGAAAGGCUUCACCAUCUUGUUGUCUUAGCUGUUGAGAAGGAAGAACUUUUAAAGCUGGGUCACAGUCAAGUUAGUGACCGAUUUGCAAAAAUGAAAAAUAGGCGGCAUGCUUUAAUGCUGAAACAAUAAACCA